ACAGACUUUGCCGGUCCAAUUACAAUGGCCGGUGUCGUGGUUGAUUACUUACAUGUUUGUGAUCCAAAAGAAGUUAGCUUAUUUGCUAAACUGUGUGAACGAAGCGUGUAAUUCAACGUUUUAAUUCUCAUGAUAUAUAUAUUCCUUUAUUUUUAGUGGAUGUACUACUGCUCCUAUGCUGAUGCGAUCUUCGGAGACCGUUCGGCACCUAGCCGAAGCUUCGCCAUUGCUCUAACAUUGCUAGCGGCAGUGUUUGCUAGCACCAUCCUGAUGGGGACGGAAGAAAGGCGUAUUAAACCUUAUAUUCACUCGCCAAUCGCUCGUGCUGUUUACGAACGGUUGGUGAAGGAACAAGAAUUUGCUAAUAUCGAUCGCUCUCAAUGGUAUCACAUAGAUCUUGAUGCAAUUAGGAGCGAAAAUGUUCGAUCUAAGUUCAUACAGUUAUCGUGUGACGAAGACACCCAGGAAUUCAUCGAGCAAAGUACCGAAAAAAGUUCUUGGCUGGGUACACAGUUAUGGCAUGCCAUGAUGCGAGUAUUUUUAGGAUGGGCGACAUCAAAAACGUCUCUCAAUGGGUGGCUUAACCGGGGGUCGAUGUUUGUGCUAUCAGAAAAGCAAUUCCUCAAACUAACCGGUUGGAGCUCGGAUCAUCUCGCAGAGUCAGUGCUAGACUUAGGAGCCGGAGAUGGGAACGUCACAGCCAGAUUUAGUCGUUUCUUUAAAGAGACGUAUGUGACAGAGGUCUCGCUCGUCAUGAGGAAAAUAUUAGCUCGCCGCGGUUACAGCGUUAAGGAAGUAGAUGCGUGGUCUUCCCCCAGCGACAACAUGAAAUAUUCUAUGAUAGCUGCUCUUAACCUUUUGGAUCGCUGUGAUGAGCCAAUUACUAUCUUGAAAAACAUUCCUCACAAGUUAGCUAAAGAUGGCAUCAUUCUACUUGCGUUAGUUCUGCCAGUUAGUCAGUAUGUUGAGAAUAAUCCUCCUCAUUACACAGCCUCGCAGCCAAUUGAAGUUCGCGGCAGAACGAUGGAAGACCAGAUAGAUUCUUUAGUCGAGUGCGUCCUAGUUCCGCUGGGUUACAUUUUAAAAUCAUGGUCCCGUCUUCCAUAUCUUUGCGAAGGUGAUCUUCAUCAACCAUAUUACUGGCUUCACGAUGUAAUCCUUGUCCUCCAGCAUGAGACCACACUGUAAAUGGAAGCGAAAAAUAUUCUUGCAAGGACUAGUCAGUACUACUAUUGAAUCUGUGGGAAUUCACGAUUACUAUUUACGCCAGAUGAUAGAUAAAGAACUCGAGAACUGAUUUUUUUUUGAGGCCAGCAUGAUUAGGGUGAAUAAUAUUACGGAUAUGUUUUUAUAUGGUGUUCGUAAACAAAUGGACGGUUGGUUCUUCAGGGUGUGUGACACUUGUGAAAUACUGGUGCAUAUACUACUUUCUGCCUAUCUGGAGUAUAGCAAUUCCGCCGGCAACGACUGACAUUACCCAGAUUUGCCUUGGCGACUUGUCCGUGAUGUGCCUGCUGUGAAAGUUCCAAGCGAAGUUUCUCCUUCUCAAAAAACGAAUAUUCGACUAGCGAUGUACAUGAAAAGAAGCAUUCAACUGCAUAAGCUGCAAAUUCAGAAUUGCGAAAUUACAGGUUGCCCAUUAGGCAAAUACACUGACAGCUGAAGCAAAUGCUCCGUCAAUUGUAAACGUUUUUAUAUUCUACAAAAGAAAAUAUAAAAAACGUCGUCUA